AUUUAUCACCCAACUAAAUCUUUCUCAGCCUCAAAUUAAAGAUGGGUUCAAAUAAUUGUCAAGAAAAUCAACACACAAAAGUUCUUCUAGUGACACUUGCAGCUCAAGGUCAUUUAAACCCAAUCUUAAGAUUGGGCAACAGUCUUGCUUCUAAAGGCCUCCAUGUCACACUAGCCAACACACAUUCCGCCCUCAAAAACUGGUCAACGGAUGCCAAAUCCGUCGGAAACAUCCAUCUCGAGUUCUUUUCCGAUGGUCUUCCUAUCGAUUAUGACCGAAAGGCCGAUAUCGACCGUUACAUGGACACGUUAAAAAAAUUUGGACCUGUUAACCUCUUGGCCUUAAUCCGAUCUCAUCAGAGUAAAUUUGCCUGCAUUAUUUUUACAGCCUUUUUACCAUGGGUUGCUGAUGUGGCAGCCGAGGUUGGUGUUCCUAGCGCGAUGCUAUGGAUACAACCUUGCACUCUAUAUCAGAUAUAUCAUCGUUAUUAUAAUAAACUAGAUGAGUUUCCUAGUGAAAGCAGCCCGGACACGAAUGUGAAGCUGCCCGGGCUGCCCUGUUUUCGGGCAGAAGAGUUGCCAUCGUUCGUUUUACCAACGAAUAAUUCACAUAUGCUUGGUGGUAUACUAGACGAAGUAUUUCAUAACAUGCAUAAGGUGAAGUGGGUACUCGGGAAUACGUUUAUGGAGCUCGAGAAAGACGUGAUUACGUGUAUGAAUAACGAUGGCCACGUCUUUUGGCCCGUUGGGCCAAUAGUCCCGGCCACGGUAUUUGACAAAAAAGAUGACAUUGUUUUUGAUCUAUUCAAAUCGGAUGGGAAGAAUGAUUGUUUGGAAUGGCUAAACACACAAAAACCUUCUUCGGUUGUUUAUAUCUCAUUCGGGACUCUUUUAUUUUUAUCCGAAAAAGAGAUAGAGAGCAUAGCGCUUGGUCUAAAAAACACAAAACAACCAUUUCUUUGGGUUAUAAGGCCUAAGGAAAAUCAACAAGUGCCUAAAUUGGAUAUCUUGGAUGAGAUUAAAGACCAAGGGUUGAUAGUGAAUUGGAGCCCACAAACGGAGGUUUUAUCGCAUCCGUCCGUCGGGUGUUUCUUGAGUCAUUGUGGUUGGAACUCGUUAUUGGAAAGCAUUGCGGCUGGAGUACCGGUUAUUGCUUGUCCACGGUGGACGGAUCAGCCAACGAAUGCUAAGAUGGUGACUGAUGUUUGGGGUGUUGGUGUUAAGAUGAUGAAUGACUCGGAAGCAGGUUUCAUUAGUGGGGGUGAGGUCGAAAGAUGCGUCCAAGAGGUUAUGAAUGGGCCGAGAUCGGACGAGCUUAAGAGGAACGCUAUUGAGCUGAAAACCGCAGCGCGUCAAGCAGUGUCGGAUGAUGGUUCGUCGGACAAGAAUAUUCAGAUGUUUGUAGAUGAAGUCAGUUCUUCUUACUCAUUAUCCGAAUAAAUAGGACUGAAUACGUUUGUUACAUAAGAUGUUUUAUGAAUAUCUAUCUUGUUUCAUUUUGUUUUA